CAGUGUCCCGAAACUCCGACUGACAGCUCGGAUCACCCAAUGAGCUGGUUAAGGGGAAGGACAUCCGCUGUCCGUGCUCCUGGAUGCAGAAUAGGCGCUGCUGUGACUCUCUCUCCGGUUCAGGUCUCUCGCUUCUUUCCGUGUAUCCUCAGCCAUGAUCGGCAUAGACAAGCUGCCCAUCGAGGAGACCCUGGAGGACAGUCCUCAGACCCGGUCUCUACUGGGGGUGUUUGAGGAAGACGCAGCCGCUAUCUCCAGUUACUGCAGUCAGCUGUAUCAUGCUAUGCACAGGAUUUACGAUGCUCAGAAUGAACUAAGUGCAGCCACUCAUGUCACAUCCAAAAUUUUGAAAGAGUACGAGAAUCAGCGUUUUCCUCUAGGUGGCGAUGAUGAGGUGAUGACUUCAACAUUACAACAGUUUUCAAAAGUGAUUGAUGAGCUGAGCUCUUGCCAUGCAGUGUUGUCCACCCAGCUAGCCGACGCCAUGAUGUUUCCCAUUAGUCAAUUUAAAGAGAGGGAUUUAAAAGAAAUCCUGACUUUAAAGGAGAUUUUUCAGAUUUCCAGUAACGAUCACGAUGUGGCAAUCAACAGAUACAGCCGGCUGUCUAAGAAACGAGAGAACGAAAAGGCCAAGUUUGAAGCCACAGAAGACGUUUACACAGCCAGAAAGAAACAGCACCAGACAAUGAUGCAUUACUUUUGUGCUUUAAACACCAUCCAGUACAAGAAGAAAACUGCGAUAUUGGAACCAUUGUUGGGAUACAUGCAAGCUCAGAUUAGUUUUUUCAAGAUGGGCUCAGAAAACCUCAACGGUCAGCUCGAGGAGUUCCUAGCAAAUAUUUCAACAAGUGUGCAAAACGUUCGCAGAGAGAUGGACAGUGAUGUGGAUACCAUGCAGCAGACCAUCCAGGAUAUGGAGGUGGCCAGUGAGCCUUUGUAUUUGCCAGAUCCAGACCCAAAGAAACUUCCAGUCAACCGCAAUUUAACACAGAAAGCCGGCUACCUCAACAUACGCAAUAAGACGGGGCUGGUGUCCUCAACUUGGGAGCGACAGUAUUUCUUCACUCAAGGAGGUAAUCUGAUGAGCCAAUCGCGGGGAGAUGUGGCUGGGGGUCUGGUCAUGGACAUUGAUAACUGCUCUGUGAUGGCUGUGGACUGUGAAGAUCGAAGAUAUUGCUUCCAAAUUACAGCUUUUGAUGGCAAAAAGUCUGUAAUUGUACAAGCAGAGAGCAGGAAGGACAGUGAGGAGUGGAUAGCUACAAUAAAUAACAUCUCAAAACGCAUAUACCUAACCGAGAACCCAGAGGAGACAGCCGCUAGAGUAAACCAGACCGCCCUGGAAGCAGUGACCCCAUCUCCUUCUUUCCAGCAAAGACAUGAGAGCAUGCGACCUGCAGCCUCUCGCCCCCGCUCCACCCGUACAAACAGCACUGGCUCAGUUGGCUCUGACUCCUCAGCUCUAACUGCUCUGUCUCUGGAAUCCAUCGUAGCACCAGACACACCCAUCCAGUUUGAUAUUAUUUCCCCAGUCAGUGAAGAUCAGUCUGGACAGCCCAGGACCCCGGGACAGUCUGGCAGGCGGACUAACCCAUUUGGAGAAUCUGGAGAAAAAUCAGAGUCUGAAGAUUCAAUCCUUCACCAGCUGUUUAUUGUACGGUUCCUUGGGUCCAUGGAAGUGAAAGUAGAUGACAAUCCAGAAGUUGUAUAUGAAACAAUGCGCCAAAUCUUAGCUGCGCGUGCAAUACACAAUAUCUUCCGGAUGACGGAGUCCCAUCUCCUAGUGACCUGCGACUGUUUAAAGUUGAUUGAUCCACAGACACAGGUGACAAGGCUGAGGUUCCCUUUACUGAACGUGGUUUUGUACGCUACACAUCAGGAAAACAAGCGGCUCUUUGGGUUUGUCCUCCGUACGGCAGGAGGGCGUGCAGAGGGUCGCCCUGUUUCUGUGUGCUACAUAUUUGAGUCCAACAACGAGGGAGAAAAGAUUUGUGAUUCCGUUGGCUUGGCCAAACAGAUUGCCCUCCACGCCGAACUAGAUCGAAGAGCUUCAGAAAAACAAAAGGAAAUUGAAAAAGUAAAAGAGAAACAAGAGAAAGAAAUCAGUAAACAGAAACAGAUAGAAAAGGAUUUGGAGGAGCAGAGCAGGUUAAUAGCAGCUUCCAGCAGAGUUGGCCAAACCGGCACAGAUGGACAGUUUGUAGUCCUCAGCGCCAGCCAAUCAGAGGACAGCGACCUCGGCGAGGAUGGGAAAAAGAAACGCGAGUCCGAAGCAUGAAGUUGGGAAGAAGCAGAGACUUCUCACUUUGUCAAUGCACAUUUUAUGGCACAAUAAGCAUGCAAGACGGAUAUAAACCAGAGCUCUUUUUUAUAAUUGUAAUUAUUCUGAAGGAUUUUUAAUGAAUAUAUGCGGUCAUGCAUUAUUUUCCAUUAAAAUCAGCAAAUUUUCCAUGUGAACAGCUCAUGGGGGUGAUUUUAGUACAGAGUGAUGUCUGAUUUUUAUUUCAUUGUGCACUGAAUUUCCCGUGAAAUCCUCAGAAAUAAGACUAUGGACUUUCCUGUACAUCUUGGGUUCUCCGUGUAUUUGGUUUCCCGGCUCCUUAGAUUUGUCUCUGAGAAAAUAUGUUUAUUCCAACUUUAUACUUCUCCAACGUUGACCUGGCUUUCUUUAUGUGUUUUGUUUUUCCUGUAUAGAUCAUCACGUCAUAAAUAAUGCGAAACUAAUGCCUCAUGGAUGAACAUGUAUUCUCCAGAAAUUGUAGCAUUAUUCUAUUGUCUAGAUAUUGUGACAACAUCGCUUAAAACGGUGUAACACUACUAACAGCUUACUAGUAACUUUCCAGGAAGGGCAUGCAACAAACGUGGCUACUAAUAUUUCCAGGUCGGUCACUUUGAUGAUUGUGAAGAGGCAUAAAAAUUUCACGUUCACAGAAAGCCAUCUGAAUAAAAUGUUGUAAAGUCCCGGUCAGAGGAGGCAUCCUAGGUACAACUCUAACGUGAUGCCCCAAAACAUGACGAAACCACUCCUUUAUAAAGUAACCCACUCUUAUAUAUUCUGUAUUCUGGAACAUGGGUCUACUUUGCUUCAAUUAUGAAUUGGGGGGG